AUGAAUACGGUUACGUUACCAUCGUAGAUUUAAAAAAGGAAUUAUGUAAUACUAAAAAAAAAUAGUUUCCUUUUAUUUUGAAUUGUGCACGUGUGUUUCUAAUUAUAGUGUUAUAUGCCAAUGGAAAUCUUGAAAAUCUUUGACCGUUUUUUUAUGUGUUAUGCGAUAGUUUAUGAUUGUACUCAACCCUUGUUAUCUACAUAGGACGGUGUAUUUUCGUUAUUUUUUUUAUAUUAUUGGAUGCGUGUGGUAUCACUGCAAUGUGAUACCACACUGAUUGUCACCACGGAUAUAAGCAAGAAAGAGGAAAAGCGACCAAAAAGAAAAAGAAUUUCCGAUAUGAGGAUCGACGUACGCGGACUGAAGUGUGCAACCGCACUCCGUGCCGUGAAAGUUGCGAUGUACGAAAGUAGCUGCUCCUACGGCGGAGCUCUAGAACUCAAAAGAAGUGCGCUCAAAGAAGAACCUUGGCCAACAACAGAAUGGCCGCCUUACCGCCUUCAUCAGUCAACAUUCGAACAACUGAAACAGAGCGUGGAGAAAGCCAAAGCUGCCUUACAAGACCGCUCAAGUCUCCUCGGUACAGCGUCAGCAUUCGGUGACUUUUACGGAGGGCAGUUGGGUCAAGAUGGCACAACUAUUGGCUUCGGAAGGACGUCUAGAACCGAGGAAUCAAUGCACGGACCAGUUGAUAAAACUAAAACAUUAGGAACUGAGAAGUUAGCAAGUGGACUCAGUAAGGGAUACAGUACAUCUAGUCUAUCUGACACCUUAAGAGGAACUAAAUGUUCGGAUGCAUCGUACAAAAGCUCAUGGUCAACACAUGCAACGACACAGGGUUCACAAGGCUAUGGAACAAAUUCGUUAUCGGCGAUGUCAAAAUCCACACUGGAUGCACAUACACAUCUGAGGCAGCCAGAUCCAUAUCAGAUGUUUGGACCCACCAGCAGUCGUCUUGCUAAUUCAGGCUCAGGACAAAUUCAGUUAUGGCAAUUUCUUCUUGAACUACUCAGUGACUCGAGCAAUGCAGGCUGCAUCACUUGGGAAGGCACAAAUGGAGAGUUUAAACUAACAGAUCCAGAUGAAGUGGCGCGGCGAUGGGGUGAACGGAAGUCCAAACCAAACAUGAACUACGAUAAACUGAGUCGAGCCCUAAGAUAUUACUACGACAAGAACAUAAUGACGAAGGUUCACGGCAAGCGGUACGCAUACAAGUUUGACUUCCAAGGGUUAGCAGCUGCAACCCAGCCGGCGGCCACAGACCAGGCGUACAAAUACCAGAGCGACCUAUUUAUGAGCUCAUAUCAUCAUUCGGCGAAGUUAUCUUCCUUCAUGGCACCACAUGCAGCGAUGCCAACGUCAACAGCGUCAAUAUUUCCAUCAGCAUCUUGGAGUAAUUGGGGCGGUGGUGGCAGCAACCUCUACUCGCCACAUUCAAUGGCUCCUCCCCACGUCGCAUCGCAUCUGGGGACAUAUCCACAUUACGCAUGACCAUCUUUCUGAACAGACAUAUACGACCUAUCCAACCAGUAUUAAGCAAUGAUAAACUGUUACUUUAAAGUUCAACGGUUGUGUUAUAAAGUUAUAUUGAAUCAUAUAUUUCUGUAUAAUUUUUCCGAUAAAAAAUAACAUAGCUAUACUCCUAUUGGUACUUAAAAUAUUCGUCUGUUCAGAUAAUGCCACUGAGUAUAGUUACUUUUGAUCGAGGGAGUUGAGAUCGAGUUGGACGCGGUGCCGACGGUAAAUUGUCCAUGCGAGGGUAGAUUUUAACUUUAAACCGAAACCAUGCUGUCGUAAAAGGGUUUGUCUGAAAAAGUAAUCGAUCUCAAUGAAUUAUUUUUUACUUAUUAACGCCAAAUUAAACUUUAAUAAGAACCUUAUUAGGAGUGACCGACUUCGAUGGCAUUGCCAUUUAAGUAGAAUCCAAAUCGAGACGUUGAUAUUUUUUUGUAUGGAAUUAUAAUUUUGAGGUAUGAAGUCAGUAACACAUACUUUGCUGUUAUUUUAUUUAUGAAUAUAUUCAACUCAAAGAUUUAUUUAUGUUGGUUUAUUUAUUUAUUUAUAUUUAAAAGUUAGGCAAUCGCAAGACUAGUCUUUUUAUCAAAAUUUUGUAAAUAAAUAAUAAAUACCUACUCAUAAACAUUAAGUAGAGGUAUUAUUUAUGUAGGUUAUUGAAAUAAUUAGUUGUAACAAUCCUAUAAUCAAAUUAAUAUAAUACUUAAAAAUUGGUAAAGGCAUAUUUAUUUAUUUUAACAAUAAAUGUGGGUUAUUUAUAGGUUAUUUUAAAUAAAGCUUUCUCAUUUGCAUCAAGUUUAUAUCUUCAUUUAUGGGAAUGAAAAUGUUUAGUGUAAAUAGAUAAAAAUUAGUUAUGUUACAAAGUGCAAUCAUAAUACAUUUAGUAAAUAGUUAUAUGAUUUAUGUACGUAACUUGUGUAUAUACAUAUGUAUAUCAAAAAAUGUAAAAGGUCCUGUGCGCGUAGGUAUAUUUAAAAUGAAGUAAAGAACUGAUUGUUUUUUAGUUUGUUUUCCUACAGAAAAUUAAAAUGAGUUUUUCUGUCUGACAACACACGUAGCACAGAGGACAAAACAAAACGGUAUUCAUAAAUAUAAUCCAGUUAAAACCGUUUUUCUUAGUUUAACAAAAGAUAUUGCCUUAUUUAGGGGGCGUUCCGUCUUACGUUGUUGUGGCGGCCGGAUUUUUAUUCUCCAUAAAAUACAAUGCAAUUUAGUAUAAGUAUAAAAUAUACCAAAGACUAAAACUAUAUAUGGUGUAACCUUAUGAAAUUAUUUUCAUCACAAUCUUAUCUGUCGCAAGCGUAUAGUUUUUAUACGAAAGAGCCUCGUAACUCUGUAGAGCUCGUGUUGCGUUUUACACUACACACCACUUUAUUAUCUGUGAUUGCUGAACAUUAUCGUGGGGUAUUAUUUUUAGGACAGAAUAUAGUAUUUGAAAUAUAAAUCAUUUUAAUAUAAAGCAUGCAAUAUAAAAGGAUCCGGGAACAUGUUAUAAUUUGUGCUCGUUAUAAGUAUAUAACAGCGUCGCCUAGAGGCUAGGGAGGAAUAGAAAGAAUCUCCGUAAAAAACCUCUCUUAGCUGCCAAGAGAGGUUUAAAUUGUGAAUGCCAAUAUUUUAUGGAAAUAGAGAAUGCUCCAUAAUAUCUCCAUAAUAUAUAAAAUAGAUCUUGCAUCCGAAACAUGGGCAGAGAAUGUGGUGUAUACUGGGAUCUAGGCGUGCUAAAAAAAUCUGUAUUAUUAAUUUAAAGUAAUAUCCUAAUCAAGGUUUUAUAAGAAACGAUAUUUUACUGCAGUUGCAAAUACCCAGAAUCUUUACUAAAUUGUUUAAAGCUUGUAUUAAAAAUAAAAAUAAACGUAACAGAAUUACCAUAUUUUUUUUUGUUUACUAUUAAUAAAAGAAUUAUUUUACUAAAAUUACGUUCAUAUCAUUCGAAAAUAUUUAUAUAAUUAGUUUAAUUCUAAUUAAUAGUUACCUUUCUUGUGAUGAUAGUGUUCCGUAAAAUAUUUGUUCUUUGCAAUGAUUACUAUCCAUUCUACUAGACAUGUUCUGUAAAAAUCGCGUAUUUUAACCAAAUUUCUAUAUGAAAAAAGAACGCAAUUUUGAGCACUAUUACUAGUUUAGUAGAGUAGAUAUCAUCAUUCAAAUUAUUUUUAUGAAGUGUUUUAUUUAAAUGCAUGUGUCUAAUAUACAUUAUAAUUAGCCGUAGAAUCAUUGUAUAGAUGUUAUAAUUGUACUUGCGAAAUA